AGCAGAUAGAAUCGAUGUGCAGGGAGGCUGGAGGAGCGACCUUCUGUCUGCACUGACUGUAUACUGUCUAAGAAUACAGCUUGGUUUCACACAUGACACACAGCGAGUAAUUACAGUCUUUUUAAUUAUUCAGUGACCAAAAGUCGUGGGAGCUACUGCAACGUUUGCUGGUGAAGAUGUGCUGCUGUUUCCAAAGAAGAGUCAGCCUCUUCAAACUUCCAUCUGCACACAAACAUUUCAACAAAUAAGCUGAAGUGUGUGAUAAGAAAUGGGGGACUCCAACAUCAGCCACAUGGUAGCAGCUUAUACAGAGAUGCAGGAGAGUCUCCCAGCAGGCAAGUUGGACCACUACAUGGACAGCUAUGAUAUGGACUAUGGCAUCCCUCCUGAUGAGAUCCCAGACACAACGCAGGGCCAGGCCUUCUUUGUGGCCACCAUCGUUAUCGGGGUGGUGCUGGUCUGCAUCAUGCUCGUCUGUGGGUUUGGAAACUUCAUUUUCAUCGCCACGCUGACACGAUACAAGAAGCUGCGCAACCUCACCAACCUGCUCAUUGCCAACCUGGCCAUCUCGGACUUCAUCGUAGCAGUGGUGUGCUGCCCAUUCCUGGUGGACUACUAUGUGGUGAAACAGCUCUCCUGGGAUCAUGGAUUAGUCUUGUGUGCCUCUGUCAACUAUCUGCGGACAGUGUCACUCUAUGUGUCCACAAAUGCAUUGCUUGCAAUUGCAUUUGACAGGUACAUGGCAAUCGUCCAUCCUCUGAGGCCACGUAUGAAGUACCAAACCGCCUACUGCCUGAUCACAGGAGUCUGGAUCGUUCCCAUUCUGAUAUCGAUUCCCUCUGCCUACUUUGCCUCUGAAACCAUGUAUCCUCACGGCGGCACCACUUCGACUACUCAUAAAGUCUUCUGUGCCCAGAUCUGGCCCGUGGACCAGCAAGCCUACUACAGAUCCUACUUCCUGUUUGUUUUUGCUGUGGAGUUCGUUGGGCCUGUUAUUGUCAUGGGAAUGUGUUACAUGCAAAUUUCCCGCGAGCUCUGGUUCAAGAACGUCCCCGGGUUCCAGACGGAGCAGAUUAGGAAGAGGCUGCGUUGUCGGCGCAAGACGGUGAUGGUUCUGAUCGGGAUUUUGACGGCGUACAUCUUGUGCUGGGCGCCGUACUACGGCUUCACCAUCCUUCGGGACUUCCACCCAACGCUCAUCUCCCGCCAGAAGAACUCACUGGUGGCCUUCUACAUCAUCGAAUGCAUCGCCAUGAGCAACAGCAUGAUAAAUACUUUCUGUUUUGUAACCGUCAAGAACAACACAGUGAAGUACCUGAAGAAGAUUGUACUCCUGCGCUGGAAGUCAACGUACGCCCCCAGUAAGACUGUGGAUGAGAUGGAUAUUAGGACCUCCUCCCUGCCUGUGACAGAAGUGAUUGAAUGUAUCCACUUGAGGUGAAUAGGAGAAAGCCUUUAAUGUCACAGUCAUUUAGAUUCGGGCUGUUGAUAAACUAGUUGACAGUGAUGGUUUUGACAUGGAACAUUUCUCAAUUUUGGAAAGUUAUCAAGCAAAAUGGAGAGCAUUGUUUAAUGGGAAAAUGUGCUUUGUUAGUGAGUAGGGUUGCAAAGGGGUGAAACAUUUCUGAUAAAUGUACACAAACUUCCCAUGGCAAAUUAAGCUGGGGAAUUUGGGAAAUAUUGAAAAUAAAAUAAAAAACAUGACAUUUCAACAGAUGCAUAAGAAGAACUUCAUCAAGUUUAAAUUAAUUUAUGUAUACAAUCAAUUCUUUAAUUGAACAACAAAAACAUGAAUGUUGAGUUAAAUAUUACUCACCCCCCUGACCACACCCAAGUAAAAUGACCCUCCCUCUCCAAAAAUCCCCUAAAAAUCUAAUUCAAAAUGUUAAAUGAAAAGAGCCCCUCUCCCUCCAAAAAAGUCCCAUUCAACAUAA